UCCUGUAGUAACAAAAUAAGAGGAGCUAAUUUUGUUAGCCUUGAAAAUGAGUUUGUUUCUGCCCAAAUUAACUUGCAAAAAAGACAUAGAUGAAGUUAUCAAAGGCGUGGCAGAAAAAGUCGUAGUUUUGAGGUUUGGGAGAGACGAAGACUCAGUUUGCCUCCAGCUCGACGAGAUUUUGUCCAAAACUGCCCACGACCUCAGUAACAUGGCAUCGAUCUACAUCGUUGAUGUGGAUAAAGCCCCCAUCUACACAAGAUACUUUGACAUCAGUUACAUCCCCUCCACUGUUUUCUUUUUCAACGGGCAGCACAUGAAAGUGGAUUAUGGCUCCCCUGAUCACACUAAAUUUGUCGGCAGUUUUAAGACGAAGCAAGAUUUCAUGGAUCUGAUUGAGGUCAUAUACAGAGGAGCCAUGCGGGGGAAGAUGAUUGUCCAGAGUCCCAUAGAUCCUCAGAAUAUUCCCAAAUAUGAUCUCCUCUACCAUGGAAUUUAGACUAAACGUGUCCACUGUGUGGCCUCAUGAUCAUAAUGAUUUCUCUCUGAGUGGCAUCUACCACUGCCUGUUGGUUAACUCACAAAAAAGAGCUUUGACUCUCAGACACUAAACAACCAUCUGAAUAAGUUUUAAGAUAAAGUUCCUCAAAUUAGGAGCAUUACUGAACAUAUGAAUUUUCCAAUAGAGGGCACACAUUACAUUUCCUUUUAUUUUUGGUCCUGUUGUGAGGUUGUGGAGUUUUUGACCACACAGGGGCGCAUGUACUUUGACACGAUACACGUUCCAGCCAGUGGUUUCACUGUGUUCCAUUGAGCAAAAGGUUACAAGUCAAAUCACAGAAAUGUGAAGGUGCUGUGAGACAGUGAAGUAGAAGACUGCAGGCUACUAAACAUGUAUGUAAACAAUGCAGGUUUCAAAGUUUUAAGAAAAAUUGGUGUUUUAUGAGGAAGGAAACACGACAAACAUAUAACAAAUGCACACACAAUGUAAUGGGCUUUGCUAAAUUACCAUAGUCAAAUUUAUUAACAUCAGGACAUUUUUUGUUUUCUCAUUAGUUCAUGUUUGACAGACAGGGUGUGAGUUCUGAUGAAUUAGUAUCUGCAGCUUUAUUCUAACUUUAUUUUUUUCUUGUGAAAAUGUCCAGUGGCAUUUUGAUAUUUCCCAUGGAAAACAGCUGUAUAUCAGCAGAAAAAAUACAAUUAAUUUAUCCACUGUACAUACUCUGCUGUUAUAAUAAACUUUUAUAUUUUACCAUG